AUGUGGGGGAGGGUCGCUCGCUCCCUCCCUACCCCUGUCCAAGUCUGGCAUGACGUGGGCACCCCAGAACCCGACGGAUGCGACACUAGAUCCCUCGGUCGCCUGGUUCCCGGUGGACCCUCCCCAUCGAAAGCUCUAGAACCGCCAGGCCCCCAGGGACCCCGCGUCUUCGCAUCGUCUCCCGCAAGCCUCGCACCCCACCGCAGGCACCCGAGAGGACUCACCCGGCAGGAUCCGAGUCCUAGGCGCGGCACAGUGGCGGCGGAGAGUCCAGAGAAACGGGCAAUGGAGAACCGCGGGAGGCCUGAUGGACCGAGGCGGCAGCGACACGGCUCCUCCUGGCACCGGAAAAGGAAGCACGGAGGCCGGCCCCGCCGCCCGUUAUUUCCGCCCGCCCCGCCCAGCUGCACUGCGCCUCCAGCUGGCUGGCCACGAAACUGCAGGCAGGGCCGCGUGGCUCCUGGAGCCUGGGCUGUUUCCUCCGGGUGGAGCGCGGGAAUGUUUCCCUGCUUCCUGAGUUCAGGACCCAAAGGAAACGCCCCUGCCUGGUGAUGCUCACCGCAACCUAGAGGCUCGAGGCAGAUUUUGGAUUCCUUAUGUUCAGAAGUUUUUGCAGACAGGCUCCAGGCUGACUGUCGGAAGUCCAGCUAAAAUUGAGGGUAAAGAGAUGAGGGAAAAGGGAAGUCUUUUUAAAGGUCUUGCGAGUGAAAAUCUUUAAAGCAAUCUGUCUGCAGAGACUGAGUGGCUAGUUAGAAUUUCAAUACUGUGGGAAGAUUGGAAUAUUACAGAUCCAGAGGCUAAUUACCUUAUUUUGGGCUAGUGCUAGCCCUCUAGAACAGCCACCUUUGUGUCAAAAUUAACAUUUUGUGGCAAUAAGAUUAAAAACCUUUUAGAAUCUAUUAACAGGCAACUAGCUUCUGCCAAUCCAAAAGCUAAGAAUGUCGUCAGAUAAUGUCUUAGAUCUGUAGGAAAGCUAUCUUGAUGUACCUAUCCUCCAAAGUAUCCACUAGUUGUUUUAAACUUUGCCUUGAUUUAUGACAUUCUCUGUUCUGUAAAACCAAUGAUACUGGUUCCAUGUUGGGACAGAAUUUGAGG